AUGCCCUCCGUCGAUCCUGCGCCGCAAACACGAGCUCUCGGGCCGCUCGAGAUCGGUGUUCUUCUUGCCGUUGCGCUUUUCGGAGUUACCACCACUCAAGCGUAUGCGUAUUACCGUCGCUUUCCUGGCGACUCGUGGAAAUUGAAGCUUUUUGUUUUGGUCGUCUGGCUUUUCGAGACGCUGCAUGUAGUUUCCGUCGCACAAACGCUUUACGUUUGUUCGGUCCGAGACUACAACCGCCCACAAGGCCUCGUCUAUGUUCCCAUUGGUAUUCUUGUGUCAUUCUUCGCUAAUGGGGUCAAUUCAGCAUUGAUCCAAGCUUUCUUUGGUAUCCGCAUCUUCCGCCUCUCCAAAGGGCACUACAGAAUCAUCGCAUUCCUCAUCUGGUUCCUCUCUGCCGCCCAAUUUGUUUUGGCAUUCCUUCCUCUCAUCGCAGGAGCUCUCAUGGGCCCGAUCGCACUGAUCGACUUCGUGAGCCAGGAGGACUGGUCUGUGUACAGCACGAUGGCAAUCUCGGUUGCCUGCGAUUUCCUUAUAGUCUUUGGUCUGGUCUAUCGUCUGUGGAGUCAGCGCGUGUCUGCCCGCAGAAGGACACUAGUGAUUGUGGACAAGCUGAUAGCAUGGACGAUCGAAACUGGCUUGAUAACAAGUACUGGUGCAGCGCUGGAGUUGAUUCUAUUCUGCUCCAACCGCUUUAACUGGAACUGGCUCGCAAUUGACUGUAUAUUAUCGGGCUUGUUCUCCAACGCUUUAUUAGCCAAUCUCAACUCCAGAGCAACCUUGCGUGCGCUUGACCAGCGGUCUGUCAUCGAGCUAUCGAUUCCAUCGAACUCGUCUGCUGGCACAAGGACUCAAACGGUCCUCGCAUCCGACAGUAUCAGCUCCAGUAAAUCCCAGCCGCUGGGUCGUAUACAUUUCGCGGGGAACGGGGUAAUCGAAGACGGCCUGGUAGCCAAGUCGAGAACAGAGGCCCCUUCGGAAUCCGACUUUGUUUGA